AUGGGUGCCUCCUCUUCCUUGUUCCAAAGCUAUUACAUUUUCUUUGCAUUUUUUGCACCCAUUUUGUUUUUGUUAAUGAACAAACAGAGGAAGAAGCUAGUUCAAUUGAAGAAGCUCCCUCCUGGUCCUAGUAAGUUGCCUCUAAUUAGCAACCUCCACCAACUUCGUGGCUUACCACAUCGAUCACUUCAACACCUUUUUGAUGAACAUGGACCCCUCAUGUUCUUGAAACUAGGCUCAAUCCCCACUUUAGUAAUCUCCUCAGCUGAUAUAGCAAGAGAGAUUUUCAAAACCCACGAUCUUGUUUUUUCAGGCAGGCCUGUACUAUAUGCUGCAAAGAAGCUUAGUUACAAGCUCUCUGCUGCGUCAUUUGCUCCCUAUGCAAAUAACAUUGUGUGUCGUGUGGCUUUUGGUAAGAAGUAUGAUAACGGAGAAGAUAAAAGCAAGAGUAGAUUUCAUGGGAUUCUUAAUGAUACACAGGACUUAUUGGGAGGGCUUUGCAUAGCAGACUUCUUUCCAUGGAUGGGAUGGUGGCUCAGCAAGUUUAAUGGCCUUGAAACUAGGCUGGAAAAGAAUUUUAGAGAAUUGGAUGAGAUAUAUGAGAAAGUCAUUGAGGAGCACCUUGAUCCCAGAAGGCCUGAACCUGAGCAUGAAGAUCUUGUUGAUGUAUUGCUUCGAGUUCAGAAAGAUUCAAACCAAGCUAUUGCCCUUAGUAGUGACCAUAUCAAGGGUGUUCUCACGCUAGGCUUAAUCCCCACUUUAGUAAUCUCCUCAACUGAUAUAGCAUGA